AUACUUGCACAUCAUAUCAUAUACUUCCUCAUCUGAUUUUGGUGAAUCCAAGCCUUCUAGUUCAUCCUCUUAAUACUAGCUACUUCGAACCAUCACAUUAAUUUGCACUCAAAACUGUAAGAAAAUGAGCUCUGAAAGUAGCAUGGCAAAUGCAAAUGGCAACUGCUUGGGAUGGGCUGCAAGGGAUGCUUCCGGAAUCCUAUCGCCUUACAAAUUUAACCGAAGGGAUGUUCAAGCUGACGAUGUUUCGAUAAAGAUCACACACUGCGGAGUUUGUUAUGCUGAGGUCGUUUGGCCAAAGAACAAACAUGGAGAUGCAACCUAUCCUAUGGUGCCUGGACAUGAGAUUGUUGGCAUUGUGCAAGAGGUUGGUCCAAAUGUUCAUCGCUUCAAAGUUGGAGACCAUGUUGGAGUUGGGGCUUAUACCAACUCAUGUAGAGAUUGUGAGUAUUGUAACGAUGGCCUAGAGGUUUACUGUGAUAAAGGAGUAGUGUUAACUUACAAUCGGUUUGAUUACGACGGCACCCUCACCCAUGGAGGUUUUUCCACGUUCACUGUUGUCCAUGAAAGGUACUGCUUCAAAAUACCAGAGGACUACCCCUUGGCUUCAGCAGCACCACUGCUUUGUGCUGGCAUUACUGUUUACUCUCCCAUGAUGGACCAUAAGAUGAACAAACCUGGUAAAUCCCUAGGGGUCAUCGGCCUCGGUGGUCUUGGUCACAUGGCUGUGAAAUUCGGCAAAGCCUUCGGACUCAAGGUGACCGUUUUCAGCACAAGCAUGUCUAAGAAAGAUGAAGCUCUAACUGUUCUUGGAGCUGACAGCUUCGUGGUCUCGUCUGACCAAGACCAGAUGAAGGCACUGGCUAAGUCACUUGACUUCAUCGUUGACACAGCAUCUGGUCAUCACCCGUUCGACUUGUACAUGUCAGUACUGAAGACUGCUGGUGUUCUAGUCCUUGUGGGUGCCCCAAGUGAAAUCAAAUUGAACCCUAUGAGCCUUCUUAUAGGUAAGAGAUCAAUUACCGGUAGCGCAUCAGGUGGUACGAAACAGAUUCAAGAAAUGUUAAACUUCUGUGCUGCUCACAAGAUAUAUCCAAACAUAGAAGUUGUUCCAAUUCAGUAUGUGAAUGAAGCUAUUGAGAGGCUCAUAAAGAAGGAUGUCAAGUACCGCUUUGUGGUAGACAUUGGAAACUCCCUGAAAUGA